AAGUUGUAUCCAAUACAUUCGAUAAACAAGCGAUUUGUAUACAAAAGAACGCCCGUAAAGUUUUUAGUCUUAGUCAACACUGAACCGCGAGAUACGACGAACUAUUUUUUAUUUGAGCCAGUCUCUCGUGAGAACUUAAUGUGAAGAUAAUUGUACCCGAAAGAUGAUACAGUAUGGCGGACUAUUACAUAAUAUUGUGCAGCCUCGCCAUAACAGUUGUGGCAUUUUGCUACUAUUACAUUUCCAACUAUGAUUUCUGGAAAAAUCGUGGCAUACGCGGACCGAAGCCCACGAUUUUCUUCGGUAACUUCAAAGAUGUGACCAUGCAGAAACGAGCCAUAAGCACUUUCGUGAAGAAACUGUACGACGAAUACAAACACGCGCAAGCGAUUGGAAUAUUUCAAGGGAGUACACCUAUUCUCGUCGUCAAGGAUCUAGACCUAAUCAAGGACGUCCUUAUUCGAGACUUUUCUCUAUUCGUAAACCGUGGAAUACCUACGUUCCCAAAGGUGGAACCGCUGUCAGAACAUCUCUUCCUGCUGAAAUCUGAAAAAUGGCGACCGUUGAGGGCAAAACUCUCGCCAGUAUUCACGAGCGGCAAACUGAAAGAUAUGUUUCCUCUCGUGGUGGAGUGCGCGAAUCAUUUGGAAGAAUAUCUGGACAAAUUGGCGAAAAACAAAGAACCCGUGGAAUGUCGCGAUUUGUCAGGAAAAUUCACAACCGACGUAAUCGGUAGCUGCGCUUUCGGUAUCGAGAUGGGCGCGUUUAAGAACGAAGACAACGAAUUUCGUAAAAUGGGCAAACAAAUCUUCCUGCCUUCUAUUAGAACAUCGCUUAGGAAUGCCUGUAAACAGAUUACACCGUUCUUGUAUAAUAUUUUUGGUGGUGUGUUGCAGCCACCAGGCAUUAACGAAUUCUUCACAAAUGCGAUCGUUGACACGAUAAAGUAUAGAAUGAAACACAACGUGGUUCGACCCGAUUUUGUCAACAUGCUGAUGGAACUUAAGCAACACCCACAUAAAAUAGAAAACAUUGAAUUGACCGACUCGCUGCUCACGGCGCAAGCGUUCGUCUUCUUCAUAGCUGGAUUCGAGACUUCCUCGACGACGAUAAGUUUUGCGCUGUACGAAUUAGCCCAAAAUCAAGAAAUACAGGACAAAUUACGAGCAGAAAUCAGGGAGACGUGCCAGGAGGGGGUAACGUACGAAAAAGUGAAACAGAUGAAAUAUUUAGACGCAGUGUUCCGAGAGACGUUAAGAAAGUACCCCGUACUGUCGGCACUAACGAGACAAGCAUCCGAAGAUUACACAUUCAAAGGCACAAAAAUCACCAUUCCAAAAGAUACGAUAGUUUGGAUACCGGUACAUGGAAUUCAUCAUGACCCUCAAAUUUAUCCAGACCCUGAGAUUUUUAACCCUGAGAGGUUUACCGAUGAUGCUGUCGCUUCCAGACAUCCUAUGAGUUAUCUACCCUUCGGUGACGGACCAAGGAACUGUAUAGGUGCCCGUUUCGCGCAUUACCAAAGCAAAGUUGGACUCAUUACGAUUCUUCGAAACCACAAAGUCGACGUUUGCGAAAAGACAACGAUUCCGUUCAAAGCUAUGAAAGAGUCGUUCCUGUUGGCACUUGAAGGAGGCGUGUAUUUGUCUAUCACGAAAGCAGAAUGACUUUUAUAAAUUUUAUUUUCAAUGCAUAUAUGUUUACGAAAAUUAAGAUAUACUAUCGCAGGCAACGAGAUUUAAAACAACAUUGCAAUGAAACAUCGACUAUCGAAGUCUGUGUAAACAUUAAAGAAAUAUUCAUGAUUUUGUGUACACAUAUAUAUUUAAGAAUGAAAGCGUUAGUUACAGAGCGUUUGUGAAAUAGCAACAGACGGCAUCUUUUAAACUGAAUGUAUAACUUUAUAAUUUUGUAAUAAAACCAGCAUAUCUUUGUGUAGUAAAACA